UGUUUUGAUUUAAAUUCUACUUUUUUCUCUUUUGCUUAGAUUAAUCUCUCAUAGAAGGGUUUAUGUGUAUCUGUUGGGCUCUUAAGGGGUUCCUUCUUUCAUUUUCGUCAUCUUAACUUCAGCUCAUAGUAAAAUUCUGUCAAGAUGCUCUUCUGUCUAAUGAGUUAGGAAAGAAAGAGGUGAAAAAGAAGUUCCAAGUAGUGUUAGAGCAUCAGAAGUUGAAGUUUUGAGGAUGUCUGCUACUCUGUUAUGGGUUGUCACAACCAACACAGACUUCUCUAACUGCAUUGGGUUUGUGGGGUCAAUAAGAGAGGGAGGCCGGUUUCAUGAUUCAAGGUCCAUAACUAGAGCUCUGGGGUUAAGGGCUGGUGGGAGACUAAAAGGCAAGAAAUCAAAAUGGAAUUCUUGCUCUCUCAAUUCAGAUUUUAAGUAUUCUUGUCUGGGUGGGUCAGAGAGCACUGGGAACUUCCCUGUUCUCUCUAGCUUGAUUGCAAACCCUGCUGGAGAAAUUGCAGUCUCUUCAGAGCAAAAGGUUUAUGAUGUGGUACUUAAGCAGGCAGCUUUGGUUAACGAGCAGUUGCGGUCUAAACAGGCCCUCGAUGUGAAACCAGACAUGGUUGUUCCGGGGACUCUGAGCUUGUUGAAUGAAGCUUAUGAUCGAUGUGGUGAAGUUUGUGCCGAGUAUGCCAAGACAUUUUACUUGGGGACUCUGCUUAUGACACCUGAGAGGCGAAAAGCUAUCUGGGCUAUCUAUGUGUGGUGCAGGAGGACAGAUGAACUUGUUGAUGGGCCCAAUGCUUCGCAUAUAACACCUACUGCUUUGGACAGGUGGGAAUCAAGAUUGGAGGAUCUUUUUGCUGGUCGUCCAUUUGAUAUGAUGGAUGCAGCUUUGUCGGAUACAGUUGCAAAAUUUCCUGUUGACAUUCAGCCAUUCAAAGACAUGAUUGAAGGAAUGAGGAUGGACCUCAAGAAGUCCAGAUACGAGAACUUUGAUGAACUCUAUCUCUACUGUUACUAUGUAGCUGGGACUGUUGGAUUAAUGAGUGUCCCAGUUAUGGGCAUUGCUCCUGAGUCACAGGCAACAACAGAGAGCGUGUACAAUGCUGCCUUGGCAUUAGGAAUUGCAAAUCAGCUAACCAACAUACUCAGGGAUGUUGGAGAAGAUUCAAGAAGAGGGAGAAUUUAUCUACCACAAGAUGAGCUAGCACAGGCAGGGCUUUCGGAAGAGGACAUAUUUGCAGGGAGGGUAACAGACAAAUGGAGGAAUUUCAUGAAGAAACAAAUCAAGAGGGCAAGGAUGUUCUUUGAUGAAGCAGAGAAGGGAGUUACAGAGCUCAGUUCUGCAAGUAGAUGGCCGGUGUGGGCUUCUUUGCUGUUGUACUGUAAAAUACUGGAUGAAAUUGAAGCUAAUGACUAUGAUAACUUCACCAAGAGGGCGUUUGUUAGCAAAGCUAAGAAGAUCUUGGCUUUGCCUGCGGCAUAUACCAGAUCGCUUGCUCGCCCGUCGAAAGCUCCAUCGGAGCUGGUAAAAGCCUGAUUACAACUGCA